AACAACAAGACGGGCCAACUGAGUGCUAGUUGUGUAGUGGAUACCUGUCGUAACUUCGUCAAAUUAGGGAUUUAGAUUGAUCGUCAUUCGGACCCUUGUGGUUGAAGGGUUUCAGUAGACGGAUAAAUGUCUGAUGCAUCAGAACUUCCUAAAAAAGAAGAAGAGGAGGAGGAGGUUACGCCUGAACCAGAGGAGCAAUCCGACGACAGCAGUGAGGAAGAGGCUGCAGGAGACACAGAGAUGGACUUCCUGCGUAACCUUUUCUCCAGCACCCUGGGCCUCGGCUCAGCGGACAAAGUUCUGGAUGAGCUGACUCUGGACGGAGUGGCGCGAUACAUAAAGAGCGGAAAAUGUAAAAACAUCCUCUGCAUGGUUGGAGCAGGAAUAUCCACAUCGGCUGGGAUCCCUGAUUUCCGCUCACCGGGAACUGGCCUGUAUGCAAACUUGCAAAAAUACAACCUGCCUUACCCAGAGGCCAUCUUCCAGAUAGAUUACUUUAAGAAACAUCCAGAGCCUUUCUUCGCCUUGGCCAAAGAGCUUUACCCAGGACAGUUUAAGCCGACAGUCUGUCACUACUUCAUGAAGCUGCUGAAGGACAAGGGGCUCCUGAGACGCUGCUACACACAGAAUAUUGACACCCUGGAGCGCGUGGCCGGGCUCGAGGGAGAGGAUCUAAUCGAAGCUCAUGGAACGUUCUACACGUCCCACUGUGUCAGCUUCUGUUGCCGCAAGGAGUACACCCUGGACUGGAUGAAAGAUAAAAUCUUUUCUGAUGACAUUCCCCGAUGUGACAAGUGCAGCAGUUUGGUCAAGCCAGAUAUCGUCUUCUUUGGAGAGAAUCUACCUGUCCGGUUCUUCACUUCAAUGAAGAUGGACUUUCCUCGCUGUGAUCUUCUCAUCGUCAUGGGAACGUCUCUGCAGGUCCAACCAUUUGCAGGUCUAGUCAGCAGGGUUUCAAAAAGUUGCCCCAGACUGCUCAUAAACAUGGAGAAGGCAGGGCAGGCUGAUCCUCUGUUCGGGUUGCUGGGUUUUGGAGGAGGGUUGGACUUUGACUCAGAGAAGGCAUACAGAGAUGUGGCUCACAUCAGUACAUGUGACGACGGCUGUUUGGCUCUAGCUGAACUGUUGGGAUGGAAGGUGGAGCUGGAAGAAUUGGUGAAGCAGGAGCAUGCCAGGAUUGACAGUCAGGACAAGAAGAACGCCAGUGAGAGCAAAGGAGCUGCAGCCAAGGCGAGCUCUGGAUUGGUGGCACCAGAGCCCAAAAAGGAGGAGUAACUAAUUAAAAAGCUCCUUUUUUUUUUUUUUCAGAAAAGCUACUGUAGUAAUGUCACAGUUUGGAGUUGACCCUUAAGGGGAUAUUAUGAUACCAGGGUUUUUGUUUGGAAGUGAAGCUUCGACGGGGGUCUGCCGCAGUCUCAUUUUCCAUCUGCGGUCAUUAAAUUCUUCUGUACAAGCUCCGAGGACAUCUGACAUCCCUGUGUUUUAUGCUCCUGUUUUAUAUCAGCUGUUUGCACUUUACUGACAUCAAUCUACUUUCCUAAUUUUUUAUUUUUUUGCAUUAGCUCACAUCUGUCUCAGCUGUAUAUUUCUUUCUGAGGCAGUGAAAAUUCUGCACUUUUUAUGUGGAUGUCCAGUCAGUGUUGAUGGUAAAUGUAGUCCAUUAAAGCAAUAAAUUCCUCAGUGAGUGCUAUAUUGACAAAGAAAGCCGAGUUCGCCUCAGCACCGCUGCCAGCAGAGCCAGGCCUGCAGUGCCUACAUGUACCAGGAUGCAUUGCAUGUUAGCUUCUCACGCCCACGCCCACCCAGCGGGUUUCCAUAUAACAACAAAGCUAACCGAGUCUAGCUGCACUUAUACUGUUGAUAUCACCACAAUCACCGCUUCUAAACCAAAAACUUGACCACCACACAUGUUCAAGCAGGAAUCUGAUCCGUAUUAGCCUCGGCUUCACUGCCCAGCAGGCCACUAACGUUACAGCCUUAUGGUCUGAGCAAGCUAGCUGCUGGAUGCUAAUCUAAGUUGCACAACGUUGCCAAGCAAAUUAAUUCCUGCAGUUUGACCAUUUCUUUUCACGCAGCUAUAUCUUUACCAUCAGGACAUGUCUACCAAGUAAAUUUACAUAAAGCAGCAACACACACACAUACCGGCGAGGAUGGGACCAGAUUGGGCUUCCGUAUAACAACAACGCUAACACUAGCUGAGCUAGCACCGCAGUAAUAAAGUUCCACAAAAAGCAACAUUCAAAAACAGUUACCGGCAUCCAAGCUACUACUCCCGUUAUUUAGUUGGCUUCAGAUGAGGCUUAACGUUCACACAGUUUCUCUUGAUUGUCCUUCAAUAUUACACAUUAGUCCAACAUCACCCUGAGUACCACCUGUAGGCUAUAAAGUUAGCUAUUACUUUGCUGGCCAAAACAUAGCGCUAGGUGACAAAAAUACUCAUACUCAUCUGCCCUCUCGGCCCUGCUGGUCUUGGUUGUCUUUUUCAGUUUAUGUUCGGGAUCAUGAAAAAGGUCUCCAGCACACCUUUGCCACCUUUUAAUGCAUAGUAAUACACACACAGGCAAUCUCGGGGUUGGCGUUGGCGACAGCAUCCAACAAAAACUGCCCACGCUGAAAUUCAUUGGAGCAGAAUGAUUCAGUUUCUGUUGGCACCUGAGAGCAAUUUGAGCAAAGGCUCCACCAGUCGCUGUUUGCUCUGGGCAUCUCGGGUUCUCGCGAGUCCCCGCCAGCCAUAUCCUCUUGCCAUGGCUAAUGCAGCUUCGGCCUCUCUCUGCUGCAUUUCUUCAGGGUAUGCUCUGGCUCAAAUAAAUAUGGCUGACUAUCCAAGUCAGCAAAAACACUGUAAAUGUAUCCUCGUCCAUAACAUCCUUUGCACACAUAACUUAUUUUAGGAUGCCAUUUUCGCUGUUGGAAAUGUAGCUAGUUUGCAAAACAAGAGAAGACAACAAAGAAGUUCUGUCUUUGAGCGGCUACUAGAGCACGCCCCCUGGGUACCCAGAGGCAGAAGCUAGAAAUCCAAACAGAAAUCGCCUAUAGUUCUACAUCAAAUGACGGUACUGGAUGCUGGAAGAACUACUUGGCGAACUGAGGAAUUUAUUGCUUCAAUGGACUACAUUUACCAUCAACACUAACUGGUCAUCCACAUAAAAAGUGCCAAAUUUUCCCUUUAACUCUAUGCAUGGGCAGAGUUUACUGCAAUAGACAGUGGCAUUGUUAUAUAUAUAUAUAAGUAUAUCUACAUUUCACCAACACGUUUGCAGAUCUCACAGAGCUUGGAAGGUGGUUAACAUAUCCCAUACCCUGGCAGUGUGAUCAUUAUAGGACAAACUACAAAAUUAUCUCUAAACCAACUAUUGCACACACCUGAUGGAGUGAUUUGGGUCAAGCCACUGUCUUCACUUCAUUGAGUAUCUGAUUUCAAUUUAAGCUUAAAAGAUAACCAGGCUAGUCUGUAUUUUAUCUGUCAUCUUUUGCCUCAAGCCAAAAUCUCUUGGCCUGAUUGGUCAGUGCCCUCUUAAAAGUACUUCCUGGUAGUUGUAAAUAUAACAGUAGGAUAAUUGCUUAUGUGGAACUUUUGAAAUGUUUUAAAAUGAUAGUGUUUUUCAUUUUAACCAUCUGCUCCUGUUUGAUGUGAUUUCUGUAAUUUAACACAAUGUUCUCAGAUGUUUAUGGAACAACAAACAUGCUCACGAUGCUCAUUAUUUUGUGCACAAAAUAACAGUAAUUUUGCUCUGUCUACAGUCACCUUAGUUGGUCCUUAGGUGAUUUUGGGGCUAGAGAAAGUGCUGCAUUGACACAAGAAGGAUAAACAGAGAAGAAAUGAAGUACGAGAAGAUGUUGUUUCAUAGGAAACUAUUUGGGUCUGAAAAGCAUGAUUUGUUACAUCAUGAAAAUAAAAUACAGGGGGUGGACUCAAUUACAUUACCAUCUGUACAAAAUAAUGGAAACUAAUACAACCAAUCCUGCAAUAAAUCUUUGUAAAGCUGA